AAACCACGUUAAAGCAGAGACUGCGGUUAAUUAUUACAAAGAAGAUGAGAAAUUUUUGGAAACAAACGUGGCUACACGUAAAAUAAUUACAACAAUUAAAAAUAAAAUCGCAAGAAUGUGAUCGUCGAUUCAUCAUGUUAUUAACUCUGGAGUAAAGGGUCUUUCCAAUCUCCAUGCUGUUUUGACAGAUUUGGGUCCUGACCUGAGCCAGCCAUCACAACAAAAAGGUAUUCAAGUUUUGCUUGUGCAGCACCAAUCACAUGUCAUCAAUCACCUGUCAUUAGCAACAAUCCCAAUCUCAUCGCUAAUGGCAAUGUUGGAUAAACUGCAUCCCGUUCGAGUGGAGAAACUACCGAUGUUGCUGGUCGAGUUCUUUCCCUUGUCUGUUGUCUUUAAAUGUCUCCUCGUGUAUGCCCAUGCGAGUGUGGGUGUAUUCACGAGGACCCCCUUUUUCUUAUCCCUCCUGGUGGAUUCAUUGGAGCAUCUGUGGAUGCCUGACCGUAUAUUUCCCAGGCUUAAAGGUGGGGACGCUGUAGUCGCUGCCAGACCAAAAGUAUUCCGCAUUUCCGUUUUUGUCGUUCCACCAGGCAUAGGAGACGCCGUCAGAUUUAAAAGAUAAACAUCAUCUCGUCGGAUUGGAUAUAUACCACCGAUGUCUGUCGAAUUCUUCUCCUUUCUUUAAAUCCCUUCUGUCCUCGUGUACACCCAUGUGAGUGUGGGUGUAUUCACAAGGACGGAGGAUGCACUUUAUUCCGCCUGGUAGAUUCUGCGGAUGGAGUGCCUGGCCUGUGGAUGCUUUUCCGGGCUUCACGGAGGCCAGUCUCAGCAAUUCAUAAAUCCGGCGUUAAUCAUUUCACCGGAGAGUGAACGAUCCUUUGAAAAAUGGAGGAACGUAAUCAAUCAGCAACUUCAGGAAACCGGGGCCACUUUUGAUUUAACGUCAACAGUUCACAACAUUUUCGCCGCACUGAAAUCUUCUUCAUUCCCAACGGCGGUGGCUAAAAACAUCAGCCAACAAUGUUUACAAGACAGCCAGUUCUACGUUCAUAACCUCUACGCCAACCAGAGUCUCUGGUCCUUACAAAUGCAAGAGUCUUCAGCCAAACUUCCGCCGGGAUUGUUUGGAACCAACAAUAUUCACGCGGAUGGACUUUUCGACGAAUGUCUGGCCGUUCGGGCACCUGGUUUUGAUGGACAAUAUUGCAUCGUCGCUUUUAAACCGACGGCCGUUGAUCCGUCCGAAAUUCUACCUCCGGGAUCAUUCAGCGAUAACCACGAGGAGCAACGGGGCAACCUGAUCACCAUUUUUCAGCUUUUGGGAUUAUUGGGGCCGGAUCGGGUCGACCCAAAAGUGUCCGUCGCGGAUGCCAACACUUACAUUUUACCCAGCACCACAUUCUGCCUGCCGUCAUCUUGCAGUGCGGCUGAUCUCGGUCAAGCGGUCGCCGAGCUCAUUGGCAGUUACGUCAUCGCCAAUUAUUCUUUAGUCAUCGUGACUGACGAGCAAUAUUGUUUCAAAGAAAGCAAUAAACCACCGACAUUUGAUGGAGCCACCAUCACCGUCAUUGUCGUACUGAGUCUUGUCGGUCUUCUUGUUGUAAUGGCGACGGUUCACGAAGGCUGGCGAAUGUACCGCGGAACUGAUUUCGAUGCCAAGCAGGACGGGAAACUCCUAAGCGCAUUACAUUGCUUUUCGGUCUUAAACAACGGCCGUAAAAUCCUGUCGAUGAAAGUGACAGCUUCGAGCGACAAUUUCGGAUGCAUUCAUGGCAUCCGCUUCUUCUCAACUUGUUGGGUCGUCUUGGGUCACACUUUUUCGAUUGCUGCAGGCAAGAUCAUGAAUACGAAAAUGAUAACCGAGGAUUUCAGAAGUUUGGGCAUGCAAACCAUUGGCAACGCCACCGUUUCGGUCGACACAUUUUUCCUGAUGAGCGGCUUACUUGUCUCGUUCCUCUUGCUCCGGGAGUUGGACCGUAACAAAGGCAAAUUCAACGUCGGCCUUUACUAUUUGCAUCGCUAUCUGAGACUGACGAUCGUGUACGCCUUCAUCCUCGGUUUCAUCGCCACUCUGAUUGUUUACGUCGGUAUCGGUCCUUACUGGUACGAUGUCAACAAGUUUUCAAACGCUUGUCGCAAUGCCUGGUGGCGACAGUUUCUCUACAUUAAUAAUUUGUUUCCUCUGGAUCCUGAGUAUGGGUGCAUGGGUCAAACGUGGUACCUGGCGGUGGACAUGCAACUCUUUUUCGCCUCUCCUCUCUUCAUUUAUCCGCUGUGGCGAUGGAGGAAGUGGGGACUCGCCUGGUUGGCCGCUGUUGGACUCACUUGCCAAGCUGUCAUCUUUUACGUUUACGCUAGAGACGAUUUGCAUCCUACUGUUUGGACCACUCGCCUUGAUGGUUCGGCCACUUCUGUCGAUUAUUUCGAUCACUAUUACGUCAAACCAUGGACAAGAGCACCACCUUAUUUUGUGGGCAUCUUGGCAGGAUGGUUCUUGCACGUAACCAAACAGUCCCAGAGUCGAUUGGCCAAGCCUUUGGUGGUUUUGGGAUGGACAUUGUCCGCGGCGGUCGGUUUGGCGAUCGUCUACGGUUUGACGCCGUAUGUUGACCCGUCUAAAGUGCCAGAGAUCAGCACACUGCUCAAAAUGACUUACGGUCCUAUGCACAGAACGGCCUGGGCUUUUGUUAUAGCCUGGAUCAUCUUCGCCUGUUCUCGAGGCUAUGGAGGUUUCGUGAAUCGGCUGCUGUCAUGGAAAGGAUUCUUACCACUCGGCCGUAUGACAUAUUGCGUCUACCUGAUCCACUACGACUUCCUUGUGGUCUACUACUCUGCCAUGCGGAAACGGUUUUACUACACGCUGUUUGAGCAGUUCACAGUUUGUUUCGGCCUCCUCGUCGUGACUUUUGGAUUGGCGUUUCUGGUAUCCGUCACGCUAGAAGCAUCUUUCCUCAACUUGGAGAAACUUGUCUUCUCUUCCAAAUCCAAAAGUCAACCUCGUGAAGAAAUGACCGCUCCUCCCGCUGACGAGAAACUAAAUGCUGAGCGUAAAAAAAUCGAUGCGUGAAUAGGAUCUUUCAGAACCAAUUUCUUUGAUGGAAUAUUUCCAAUUUUCAUUCAAAAUUUCUGUCUAAAUUGAAAUAUUUGCAUUAAUAAGCUUACGUAACAUUUUAAAUUCAAAUUUGUGAACUGAAUCUUGCUAAUAUGAAAAAAAAUUUCGUUCAAUCGGGGGUCUAUGAGUCUUUGCUGACGAAUGAUUAUGUCGUAGUCGCUCCGUCUAGCUCACCUUUUUUCACUGUGGGCUGGAUUUGGAUGGUAGUUAUUAUCGUGCUGGUUGCAGGAGGACCAACCCAACGAUUGAUGAAUCCUUGGUUGGGAAUUGCACAGGACAGUGAAAGAAACUGGGACAAGUUGGUGAACACAUUCAAGAGCAUUUAAGAAAUUUCCGUCACACUCAAAUGUUCAUCGUUUCCCCCACCACUGUGGCCCACAAAUCUACCGACAGUCAAGUCUACGUUCGCAACCUCUACGCCAACACCGGACUCUUUGGGCCUUUCAAACGUGAUGUAUGAAGAUAUUAACAGGUUAUCCCCUCUUGGCUUCCAAUAGAGUCCCAGGGUCUUGUUGUGGCGGUUCCCCUAGCUGUCCUCGUGUUAACCCGUGUGAGUGUGGAUGUACGUAUUUCCCAGGCUUAUUAAAG